AUGCUGCCAGCUUGUUCAUCGCACUUCUCCGACUGGCGACGAGUCCCGAGCAGCAGCAUGAACCGCUCGGCGCGUCACGACAGCCCCGCUCGCAGCCCCUGCAGGAGGCAGGAGCCGCCGCACAGCCCGGACGCCGCUCCGCUCCGAGCGGGCUCCAGGACCGGGGACAGCGGCGCAGGGUCUGGCCCCUCGCACCACGGGACAACCCGCAGCAAGCGGCACCUGGAGGGCGUCCUGAGGAAGUACACCAACCUGCUCCACGGCUGGCAGAGCAGAUAUUUUGUACUGGACCCAGAUGUUGGUCAACUCCAAUAUUAUUUAAAUGAACUUAGUAAGAGCCAGCGGCCUCCCCGUGGUUGUCUUCCUCUCCUCGGGGCAAUGGUGGUCUCUAGCAACGAGUUUCCCUACAUGUUUACUAUUCAGGCCACCACUGGGGAUUUUUACAAACUCAGAGCACCGGACGCCAAGCAACAAGAGUUAUGGAUGACUCAGCUACAGUUGUGUUCCAGACGGCACUCUGACAGCAGCGCCAAGGUGAUGAGCCAGACUGAUGGACAGCAGAAGAACCUGGUCACCUCUAUCGAGUCCCUACCCCCCAAAGGUGGACCCCUCUCUACUCUGGAUGAGGAUCUCCUCCUUUUAAAGGCCACCUCUGCAGCCACGUUGAGCUGCCUUGGGGAGUGCCUCAGUUUGCUGCAGCACAAUGUUGUCCAGGCCCUCAACCAGAACCAAAACCAGAACCAGAACCACGUCCCUUGUCUGAGCCUCAACCACAGUUCAGGUGGUUUGAAUCAGGCAGUUCCAACAGAAAGAGUUAAGCCGUGGACUCAGCGCUGCAGCUCCGGUGUGAACCAGGUGGAGCCUGGUGGCCUUGGCUUCAGGAGUCAAAGCCCAACCCACAGCUUGAGUGAAAACCGGAGUCCUACUCACAGCAGCUACAGUGCAGGGUCAGGAAGUGCCCACAACCUCAUCCAGAGUCAUGCAGACAGUUCCACUGGAUGGUCCAGAACGUCUUCUGAGAAGCAGGUGAAAAAUGGCCUUCAGACACCUCUCGCCUCCUUCUGGCCUUCGACCCAAACCCACACAAAGCCAGUCGUCCCUUCAGAGCCGGGGUCUGCCCCCUUGUCUCUCUGUCCGUCUCUCUGUAUGGUGGACAUGAAAUCCAGCAGGACUUCCUCCAAGUCAGCGGUGGUGCAAUGCCAGCCAAAUAACGUGAGUACCAGCAGUCCAGACACCAUACAUCCUGAUGACGAGACCACAGACACAGAGGACAAUGAUGAGGAAGACCUGGGAGUUCUGGAUGACCAGCGAAGCAUCAUCAUUCACCUUCUCUCCCAGCUCAAACUUGGCAUGGACCUGACUCGAGUGGUGCUCCCUACCUUCAUCCUGGAGAAGCGCUCCCUGUUAGAGAUGUACGCCAACUUCAUGGCUCACCCUGACAUGUUCCUCUCCAUCACCUCCGGCUGCACACCAGAGGAGCGGAUCAUUCGCUUUGUCGAGUACUACUUGACUGCCUUUCAUGAGGGUAGGAAGGGUGCUGUGGCCAAGAAGCCAUAUAACCCCAUCCUGGGGGAGAACUUCCACUGUUCUUGGUAUGUGCCCCGGGACCGUGUUCGACCUCUCAAGACCACUGUUCCCAGUUCAGCACCCAUAGCCCCCUCUAACAUUCCCAGGUCCUCACAGAGGGGGACAGAUGGCAGCAGCAGAACAACGUCCGACUGCUAUUGUGUUCGCUUUGUGGCUGAGCAAGUGUCCCACCACCCACCUGUAUCAGGCUUCUACUGCGAGUGCAAGGAGAAGAGAAUGUGUGUCAACACUCAUGUCUGGACCAAGAGCAAGUUCAUGGGCAUGUCUGUAGGAGUCUCCAUGGUUGGGGAAGGUGUGCUGUAUUUGUUGGAGCAUGAUGAGGAGUAUGUGUUCACACUGCCAUGUGCUUACGCCCGCUCAAUCCUGACUGUGCCAUGGGUGGAACUCGGGGGAAAGGUCACUAUCAACUGUGCCAAGAGUGGGUACUCCGCCACUGUCACGUUCCACACCAAACCCUUCUAUGGAGGAAAAGUGCACAGAGUAACAGCAGAGGUGAAGAACAACCACACAGGGAAUAUAGUGUGUAAGGCCCAGGGAGAGUGGAAUGGGAUUCUGGAGUUCACCUACAACAACGGGGAAAACAAGGUGAUCGAUACCUCCAAACUGCCAGUCAUCAAGAAGAGGAUCCGGCCUGUGGAGAGGCAGGGCCAGUACGAGUCACGGUGUCUUUGGCAGCAUGUGACAGCAUCGCUAGAGGCAGGAAAUAUGGACACAGCCACAGAACACAAACACUGGCUGGAGGAGAGGCAGCGCAGUGAGGGCAAAAAGAGAGCGACCACCAAAACCCCCUGGAAACCCAAGUAUUUUGUCAAAGAGGGUGAAGGCUGGGUGUACCACAAUCCUCUUUGGAAAGCUCACUGACCUUGGAGGCAGUUGGUGGCCAGUGCAACGAUCAGGGUCGGGGGAUUGGCCGUCAAGGACAUGCGGAGAGAAAGAGAGACAGAAACAGACAGAGAGAGAGACAGAUGAGACUCUCUGUGUGCCAGAACAAGAAGUGCCAAAGACUUCCAGUGGAAAAUGGACAGACUCAUAGUCAUAGUGAGAUGAGACUGAUCUUACACGGGUAUGUUUAAUAUGACUGGAUUCAGACACAUACCCGGACUUGAUGACAGAAUGGGACUUUUUUUUCUUAUAAUAAAUCCAAACAACAGCUACUGCCAUUCUAAAUACUUACUUGUUUGCACAAUGUACUCAGCAACUUUUUGUCACAACUGUUUUGCACAACUAACUGUAAACUAUAUAUAUAUAUAUAUAUAUAUAUAUAUAUAUAUAUAUAUAUAUAUAUACUGUAUAUCAAUCAGCCAGAACAUUUUGACCAAGCAAUGACGAGGUGAUCAUCACAAGACAAUGGCACAUGUCAAGCUCUGGGAAAUACAGAAUUCAUCGGUGAGGAAGAGUUGAUAGACGUAUAGUCAAUAUUGCAGAUGUGGGAGACAUUUGCCGUUGAUAAAGACCUGAGGCAGACAACUGGGCCGGACCAAUUGGAAAGGACCAGGCCUCAUGGGGUGCUGCUGGUCAGCAGUGGUGAGCACCUAGGAACCCUGGAGGAUGUGCAGGAAUGAGUCCGAUCCGCUGUGUGUCCAUCUCGCAACUUAUGGGACUUAAGGGAUCGGUAUAGCUGCCAGACACCACAAGGACCUCCAGAGGCCUUGUAGACAACAGGCCUCAGUGGACCAACUGAGUGGAAGACAUGAGUGGUCAUAAUGUUUUGGCUCCUAAGUAUAGUAUAAGCAGCACUGCAAAUGUGUGAGCGUGUCAUGUUUGGGUGUAUGUCUGUGAGAACGGAUGAACCAUAUAGCCAGUUUGAGAAACCAACCUGGAAGCACAUUUCAUAGAACCCAGCGGGUGCAGGGCAGAAUGUAGUAAUGUAGCAGACUGGUUACAUUUGGAGCUGAAGCUGUAGCCCACUGAUCUUCUACCUGAAGCAACAACAUUUUAUAGAAUUUUUUAGGAGGGAAACAAUGUCACAUCUAGACUCAUUCUUCAUAUUCACCUGGGGAAUGCUACACACUUAAGAAUACAUACAUUUAUCACGAUAAGGCUCGGUGUUAUUCAACCUCAACAUCUAAUGAAACCCUCCAGUCACCCAUGACUUUACAUACAACGACCCCCAAACCAUUUACAGUACUGCAGAGUUGGAAAAAUGUUCCAGCCUCAAACGUCAGUUCACUCAUAAUAGUGCAGAAAAAUACUCUCUGACUUCCCUCAAGUGUGAUUUCAACAGGCUUUUGGUUUGGUUUUCCUUUGUCUCGGCCAUCUGAUAUGUGCCUCUGAAAUAUCUGCAUCUAGCCAUAUUUAACAAUUUUUACAAAAGCUCAAUUUAAUAAUCGAUCCCCCCCCAAAAAUUCCAUCAAUCAAGGUCAUACUUAAAUUCCCAGUGGGAAGUAGUGCAGUGUCAUCAUGUAGAUUUGACCAGACAAACAAACAACCAAACACAUUGUCCUCCAUUUGACUAUACAGUCAACUAAGCUAUGCAACUCUUACUUAAGAUUAAGAUAUGUUUAUUCAUACUGUAGAUGGUUGUUCUCGGGGGGGUG